AUGGAAAAGGGAAGUGGGGGUCCCCCAGGGAGCUACGGCCCACACCAGGGCGAUAUCCAGCUGCUCUCUGGGCUGCUGGCUGAGUGCCAUGAACUUGCCAGCAGUGGCCUCCACUUCCUAGAACAGCCCCCCCCGUCCCUGGAGGUGGGAGAGGGUACCGAGGAGGAGGUAGUCCCUGAGACCCCCCCUGAGGUGGCUAGUGCCAGCAAGGCCCCUCAGGCCUCCCUCACCUAUGCUGAAGCUGCAAAGGGUGAGGGGGUUGAGGCUAGGGUCUUUAUGGGGCUACCUUCUGACAGGCUCCGGGGUCUGCUUGUGUCCCUGAAGGCCCAGCAUGCCGAGGCAGACUCGGGCCUAGCUGGGGUCCAGGCAGAGCUAAGGGAGCAGAGGGAAAAAUCAAACAGGACCUCUAAUUACAAAAGAGGUCCUUUGAGGGCCGCUAUAGCUGAGAAAAAAUUAGUGGAGCAGCAUCUAUCCUACACCCUGCUCCAGACUGAAAAGAAAAUAGCAGACAUCCAGGCCAUCCUGCAACAGAGAGCCAAGGACGCUGCGAGGUCCAGGAGGCAGAGGGCUAUGGAGGGCAGGAGGGACAUGUCCCCAGGUGAGGAGUCCAGCAAGGACUUGGAUUCCAACUCCCAUCACUCACCUGGGGAGCCGUCUACCUCUGCCCUUGCUACUCCAGGGGGCGCUGCUGAGACGGAGAGGAAGGCCAGAGAGAAGGACAGUGAAGAGGAGUGGGACGGAGAGAAAGGUGAAGAGUGGCAGCUGAAAGUGCAGGACAGAGGUCGAGGGCUGAUUAAGGAGUCUCUCCUCAAGUUUGGAAACAAACUUGGGGAGGGCUCCGUAAAGGACAAAAAGAAGAAAAAGAAAAACAUCGCCCGGCGUCAGCCUGAGACCUCUGUCAGGGGGUCUGGAGAUUCCACAGAGGAGGGUGAGUGCUCAAAUGCUGAGUAUAUGUACAAUGAUGAUGUUCAGGCCUUGCAGAAGCCUGGGGCCAGGGAUACUAACCCUGCAGGUGGCAACACCUGUAUGCCCCAGAAACCUGCACAACCUGCCUCUGUGGAAGUAUCUGGGCCCCCCGCCGCCCUCCAUGGUGACAGGGAGACCAUCCCCGCCGGUACUAUGGCGUGUACCGGUGAUCCCAUGGAGGGGUCCUUCCCUUGCUCCCUUCCCACUCCCUCCCUUACCUGCCUUCCCUCUGACCUUCCUCUCCGUGUGGUUGCGUCCCCUGGAGUGGCUGGUACCUCUGCCUCCUGUCCUCAGGCGGCUGCUGGGCAGGAUGGUACUGGAUGGAGCAGUCUGGAGCAGGGUGAUGGCCCUCCUUUUCCCUCUGCUCCCUUGGAGCAAGCUCGACUGCUCUCCCCUACCAGCAAGUCUCCUCCCCCGUUUGUCCCCCAGUCUGUUUCCCUGGAUGUGUCCAAGUUUGUCUUCCAGUCUGUUCCCCCUGCUUCCCUAUGUAUUCUCCUUAUGUCUGCAUGUGUAACCAGUCCCCCUGUUGUUCCUGGUGCCCCGGGUGCCGCGGGGUGCCGCUGGCGCUAUGGAAGACAGGACUGCAGGGGACUCCCAUCAUCCUCAGCCAGCAGUCCAUACUGA